AUGGAUGCUUUCAGAUUCUCUAUCUCUUGGUCUAGAGUAAUUCCCCAUGGGAGAAUAAGGGCUGGAGUGAAUAGAGAAGGAAUUGAGUUUUAUAACAAGGCAUCUCAGAAUGGCCAGAUCGGGAUAACACUCGAUGCUGGUUGGUAUGAACCUUACUCUAACAGCACAGCUGAUAUUGAUGCUAUCAAAAGAACUCAUGAUUUUGGUCUUGGUUGGUUCAUGAAUCCCAUAACAUAUCGUGACUAUCCGAGCAGCAUGAGGGAAUUGGUUCACGAUAGAUUACCAAAUUUCACUCCAGAGGAUUCUACGUCUCUAAAAGGAUCUUUUGACUUUAUUGGAUUAAAUUACUAUAAUACAUAUUAUGCAAAAAAUACUAAUGCUUCCGAUCCAGAGCAUCGUAGAUAUCUAACAGAUUCUAAUUCCUUCAUCACAGGAGAACGAGAUGGAGUCCCUGUUGGUCCACAGGCUGGUGCAACAUGGCAGUAUGUCUAUCCAGAGGGGAUGCAAAAUAUUUUGAAUUACAUCAAUGUUACAUACCAGCAUCCAUUGUGA